GCGCGGGCCAUGGCGGGCUGCUGCGCGGCGCUGGCCGCCUUCCUAUUCGAGUACGACACGCCGCGCAUCGUGCUCAUCCGCAGCCGUAAAGUGGGGCUCAUGAACCGGGCGGUGCAGCUGCUCAUCCUGGCCUACGUCAUCGGGUGGGUGUUUGUGUGGGAAAAAGGCUACCAGGAAACGGACUCUGUGGUCAGUUCAGUAACCACCAAAGCCAAGGGUGUGACUGUAACCAACACCUCUAAACUUGGAUUCCGGAUCUGGGAUGUGGCUGAUUACGUGAUUCCACCUCAGGAGGAGAACUCCCUCUUCAUCAUGACCAACAUGAUCUUCACGGUGAACCAGACCCAGGGCCUCUGUCCUGAGAUUCCAGAUAAGAAAACUGUGUGUAAAUCAGAUGCCGACUGUGCCGCUGGCUCUGCAGGCACCCAAAGUAGCGGAGUCGCAACAGGAAGGUGCGUGCUGUUCAAUGAGACGGUGAAGACAUGUGAGGUGGCAGCCUGGUGCCCGGUGGAGGACGACGCACAAGUGCCAAAACCUGCUUUUUUAAAGGCUGCAGAAAACUUCACUCUUUUGGUCAAGAACAACAUCUGGUACCCCAAAUUUAACUUCAGCAAGAGGAAUAUUCUUCCCAACAUCACCACUGCCCACCUCAAAUCAUGCAUUUAUGAUGCUGCAACAGAUCCCUUCUGCCCCAUAUUCCGACUUGGCAAAAUAGUGGAGGACGCAGGGCACAGCUUCCAGGACAUGGCCGUCGAGGGGGGCAUCAUGGGCAUCCAGAUCAAAUGGGACUGCAACCUGGACAGAGCCGCCUCCCUCUGCCUGCCCAAGUACUCCUUCCGCCGCCUGGACACCCGGGACGUGGACCACAACGUGUCCCCAGGCUACAAUUUCAGGUUUGCCAAGUACUACCACGACCCGACCGGCACCGAGCACCGCACACUCAUCAAAGCCUACGGCAUCCGUUUCGACAUCAUCGUGUUUGGAAAGGCCGGGAAAUUUGACAUCAUCCCAACCAUGAUCAACAUCGGCUCCGGCUUGGCACUCUUAGGGGUGGCGACAGUGCUGUGUGAUGUCAUAGUCCUCUACUGCAUGAAGAAGAGAUACUACUAUCGGGAGAAGAAAUACAAAUAUGUGGAAGAUUACGAGCAGAGUCUUGGCAGUGAGACGCACCCGUGAUGACCACCCAGCACCUGGACUCGCCAUGGCUGUCAUCAGAGCACAGCGAGGAGGAAGAAAAGGCUGCCAUGUCACCCCAGAGAAAGUUCCAGAUCUGAACUUUCAGUCUCCACAAGUACUGCAGGGAUGCCCGAUGCUCCCGUGUUUUGUGUGCGGGGUCUGCCGAGUAAACCACUCUGCACAGUGGGUCACCUUCCGUCCAUGGUGGGGUCACCUCUGCUGCUCCUUCAGUCUGGGGUCCUUGGGGCAAGCUCUGGCCCAAGGGCAGGGAUGCUGCUGUCCCUGCAGGGCUGGAGCCUUCUCCAGGGCUGGCUCUCCUUAGGAGCUCCCAUCUGCAGCCCACUGCGAGACAGGCCCAGUCUUCCGAGGCCCAGCAGCUCUGUUCAAGCACUUUAGAAGGAAAAGCAGGACGCCUGCGUGUGCUCGGGGCCCCUCCGCUCGCCGGGGCUGCCCUUCCUCUUCCCCUGACCGGAGACCUCAACCCGCCAUCAUGAUGCGGAGCUCCUGUUUCCCCUUUGAGAAGAGCAACACUGAGACGAAGGAGGACCAAACAUUAAAGCAAAUGAUUUUCUUAA